GGUCCAGAAAAACUGACCCGAUGAACUUGUUUAGCCUCUCGAACUUGCCUCAUUCCACAGCCCUUGCCCACCCAGAGGUUCCAAGACAACAGAGCCAGAGGGAACUUUUUAGAAUUUAUUUUAUACUCGUAGUUGUUAAUAUACUAUGGGAUUGGCAAAAAAUGGGAGGCUAAGAAAUGCGUUUUUAUUUUUAAUUAAAAGUAAAGAGUUUUUAUUGAGAGCAAGGCAGUUUGCGAACUGGGAAUCCCGGGGUCCAGUGGAUUCUGAAAUAAGGAAUCCGAGGAGGAGACGUUUCCGGGAGUUUUUAUACUACUAGGGACUUAAGUAAAAAUGCAGUGAUUGGUUGACAUUUAGGUAAUGGUGACAAAAUUGGGUGAGGGUACAUCUGAUUGAUAGAUUACAUACGUUUCUAAAAUUGUUUUUUAAAAGUUACAUAGUAAUUAAAUUGGCUACACCUGGCCUCAAAACACGAGACCCUUCUUGGUGACUGCAGGGAGGACUUGAGUAAUUCUGAAGUUUAUCCUGAGUAAACAUCUUCUGAGAAUUGUUAUGGAACCGGUUUUCUGAGCAGGGUGUAUUUUUUGAAACGUGUGUUUUUAAUACCCGUGUCAAGUCCUCUAAGUAAUUUUUAUCUAACGUUAAAGUUACUAGUCGGCACGUUUUGGUUCCUCUACGGGCCUCUGGAAGUCUGGACAGGAAGACUAAGCCGUAGCAGGUACUCCACAUCCUGCAGCUAACAGUACUGAGCCUCAGGGAGGCAUUGGAGAGGCAUUCUAAAGCUGCAUGUUUUACUUAAAAUUGUUACAAGUGGAAAACCGAAGGAGGGUAAUUGAAGCCAGCUUUGAAAUUGUUAUUUUUAGAAGUUUAUUCAAAGUGAGCUCAACAGUUUUAUUGUGCAUUAGGCGUAUCAGAUCGGGUUAUCGAGGAAAAAUAAUUGUCCUACGUUUUCUAUUGCCGUCUUAUAAAAUUAUAAAUUCUUAUAAUGAGCACUCAUGCCCCGUGUUGUGAAGUUUUGUUGAUUCAGAAUGAUUUAUCGCUACUACUUUCUGUUGUGAUUUUUUUUUUUUUCUCCUGUGAAGAUGGGUGCAAGAAAUAGAACUUCUAAAGGAUCUACAACACAUAUUGAGCAACUAUGGAAGACUAUACCAAAAUAGAGAAAAUUGGGGAAGGUACCUAUGGAGUUGUGUAUAAGGGUAGACACAAAACUACAGGUCAAGUUGUAGCCAUGAAGAAAAUCAGACUAGAAAGUGAAGAAGAAGGGGUUCCUAGUACUGCAAUUCGGGAAAUUUCUCUGUUAAAAGAACUUCGUCAUCCAAAUAUAGUCAGUCUGCAAGAUGUGCUUAUGCAGGACUCCAGGUUAUAUCUCAUCUUUGAAUUCCUUUCCAUGGAUCUCAAGAAAUACUUGGAUUCUAUCCCUCCUGGUCAGUUCAUGGAUUCUUCACUUGUUAAGAGUUACUUGUACCAAAUCCUACAAGGCAUUGUGUUUUGUCACUCUAGAAGAGUUCUUCACAGAGACUUAAAACCUCAAAAUCUAUUGAUUGAUGACAAAGGAACAAUCAAACUGGCUGAUUUUGGCCUUGCCAGAGCUUUUGGAAUACCUAUUAGAGUAUAUACGCAUGAGGUAGUAACUCUCUGGUAUAGAUCUCCUGAAGUAUUGCUGGGGUCAGCUCGCUAUUCGACUCCAGUUGACAUUUGGAGUAUAGGCACCAUAUUUGCAGAAUUAGCAACUAAGAAACCACUUUUCCAUGGGGAUUCAGAAAUUGAUCAACUCUUCAGGAUUUUCAGAGCUUUGGGUACUCCCAAUAAUGAAGUGUGGCCAGAAGUGGAAUCUUUACAGGACUAUAAGAAUACAUUUCCCAAGUGGAAACCAGGAAGCCUAGCAUCCCAUGUCAAAAACUUGGACGAGAAUGGCUUGGAUUUGCUCUCGAAAAUGUUAGUCUAUGAUCCUGCCAAACGAAUUUCUGGCAAAAUGGCACUGAAUCAUCCAUACUUUAAUGAUCUGGAUAAUCAGAUUAAGAAGAUGUAGCUUUCUGACAAAAAGUUUCCAUGUGUUGUAUCAAGAACAGGCAGUCACACUUUUACUGUUAACUCUAUUUUUGUCUUGUAUACUUUUCUUUGUUGUAAAACUCAAGCUGUACUUCAUCUUCUAAUUUCAAAAGUGUAACUUAAAAAUGUAAAUAUUGUUCUAUAUGAAUUUAAAUAUAAUCUGUAUAUGUG